UUGCUACCAUUAAAAUCAGACCCUUUUUUGUCUCUCGAUUGCUGUCUCCCGACCAAACUCCGAUGUGUUCCGUUAUCAGCGACCUAAAGCCUGCCAUUCCAGCACCUGUCUUGCUAGGGAUCGGUGGAUAGUAUACGAUUCAGAAAGCAGACAAGGACAUAGGAGGAGAGAGAGCUCUAGAGAGACAGCCAGGGAUAGGCACAGAGAGCUUUGAAGUAAUUGGAUUCAAUGGACGAAAUGCUGCUGUUGACAAGAAUUCUCUUGGUGGGCUUCAUCUGCGCUCUUUUAGUCUCCUCUGGGCUGACUUGUGGACCAGGCAGGGGCAUUGGAAAAAGGAGACACCCCAAAAAGCUGACCCCUUUAGCCUAUAAGCAGUUUAUUCCCAAUGUGGCAGAGAAGACCCUAGGGGCCAGUGGAAGAUAUGAAGGGAAGAUCACAAGAAACUCCGAGAGAUUUAAAGAACUAACCCCAAAUUACAACCCUGACAUUAUUUUUAAGGAUGAAGAGAACACGGGAGCUGACAGACUGAUGACUCAGCGCUGCAAGGACAAGCUGAACGCCCUGGCGAUCUCCGUGAUGAACCAGUGGCCCGGGGUGAAGCUGCGGGUGACCGAGGGCUGGGACGAGGACGGCCACCACUCCGAGGAGUCCCUGCACUACGAGGGCCGCGCCGUGGACAUCACCACCUCGGACCGGGACCGCAGCAAGUACGGCAUGCUGGCCCGCCUGGCCGUCGAGGCCGGCUUCGACUGGGUCUACUACGAGUCCAAGGCGCACAUCCACUGCUCCGUCAAAGCAGAAAACUCGGUGGCAGCCAAAUCGGGGGGCUGCUUCCCUGGCUCGGCCACGGUGCACCUGGAGCAAGGCGGCACCAAGCUGGUGAAGGACCUGAGCCCUGGGGACCGGGUGCUGGCGGCCGAUGCAGAAGGCCGGCUGCUGUACAGCGACUUCCUCGCCUUCCUCGACCGGGAGGAUGGCUCCCACAAGCUCUUCUAUGUCAUCGAGACGCGGCAGCCCCGGGCCCGGCUGUUGCUGACAGCCGCCCAUCUCCUCUUCGUGGCCCCCCAGCACAACCAGUCGCAGGAGGGGACCCCCAGCAGCCGGGCGCUCUUCGCCAGCCGCGUACGGCCAGGCCAGCGGGUUUACGUGCUGGGCGAGGGCGGGCGGCAGCUCCUGCCAGCGGCCGUGCACAGCGUCUCACUGCGGGAGGAAGCUUCGGGGGCGUACGCCCCGCUCACCGCCCAGGGCACCAUCCUCAUCAACCGGGUGCUGGCCUCCUGCUACGCCGUCAUCGAGGAGCACAGUUGGGCGCACUGGGCGUUCGCUCCCUUCCGCCUGCUCCAGGGGAUGCUGGCUGCCCUCUGCCCCUCCGGCGGGGGGGCACCGGUGGGUGCCCCUGCUGCCCCCGGCAUCCACUGGUACUCUCGCCUCCUCUACCGCAUCGGCAGCUGGGUGCUGGAUAGUGACUCUCUGCACCCGCUGGGCAUGGUGGUGCCGUCCAGCUGAGAGCAUCCCGCACCGGCACCCGCCAGCCUCCGACGGAGAGACAGAGACACAGAGGGAGAGAGAGAGAAAGGAGAAAAAAAGGAAAAAAAAAAAAAGAAAACCCAAAAGAAAAAAAAAGGAAAAAAAUUUACAUAUUUUUAAAAGAGAGCACGGAUUAAGACUUAAAAAUAAUAAUAAUAAAAUAAUAAUAAUUAAGUAGGACAGUCCAAAGUAGACUUUAAGGGAAACAAAGACCCCGGGAAGUUCUGUUCUGUUUAGUUUAUAAAUAUAUAUAUAUAUUUUUAUUUGUUCUUUUGUUUUGUUGUUUUGUUUGUUGUUGUUGUUGGUUGUUUUUUUUUUUCCUCCUCUCCUGGAUAUUUAUUUCUUUGGUAUUUUGAAUAGAUGUUUUAAAUGAUAUGAACCGGACCUUCAAGAGCCUUAAAUAGUUUCUUUGAUAAUUUAUUAUCAUGUGAACUGUACUCACAGGAGAAAAAAUUAUUUUGUGAGGCCAAGCAAAACUGCGCAGAGUCUAUUUUUCUACAUGUCACGUGUGUCCUGACUUUCAGAAAGCAAAAUUCUGUACUUUCCCAUCUCUCCAUUGCAUUGCUCCUUCAUUUCAGCAAGUCUAAAAAACAAGCAAACAAACAAACAAACACAAAAAAAAAAGACAAACUUCAUGGGGGUCCGUAAAUUAUAUUUUUAUACACAGAAUUGUAAAUUAGAUUUUUUUGAGAGAUCAAUACUUAACUGAAUCACAUUUCGUUUUUUGAAAUAGUGUAAAAUAUGAGAAUAUAUUAUUUUAAUUUAAAUAGUUUCAAAUGUAACGUCAUUUCCUGUAUUGUUUUCCAUGUUUUGCUUUGUAAAAACACCAUUUGGCCACGUUCAUGGAAGUCAAGACUGUUACACAAACUUUUUAUUUGCAAAAACCGUAAGAAACUUUGUUAUUUUUAACUUCAAAAAAAAUUUAUUAGAAAAUAAUAUUUUUUAAGAAGCGCACAUGGCGGCAAUUCUGUGAUGAUGGAGACAGUAGUUUGUACAGAGGGGAGAAAAGGAUGUUUUGCAUUAAUAAAUUGAGAAAUAACUGCUGUAAAUUUACUAAAAUGUAUUUUUGAAUAUUUUGUAAUAGUUUUAAUAGUUUUAUAGAAAUAAAAUGUGCCAUGCACAGUCUGGUUAGUAUAUAAUAACUAAGAGUUCUUGGUGCAUCCCAUUUUUUUUUUCCUUUUUGCUUAUUGGUUUAGGAAACACGAUGCCUAAAGGAGUGCCCGUUAUUUUCUUUAGAUGUGUUUCUUAUAACUUUUAAUUUUGGUACUUUAAUUAAGGAAAUGAAUCCAUCACAUCCGCGCGUGACCUGGAAUCUCUUGUACUACCAGUUGAACCUCACUUAUUCGCACGAGCGACCGGGAGAUGCGGUUUCCCUUCGCCAGAGGCCCAGCUCCCAGUCCGCGCUCAGGCGAUGCUCCCCUCUUCCAGCUCCAGCCCCGGCUCCGUGCCCACCUCCCGGUCUCGUCUGGAGGCUGCAGACGGCUCCUAAAACUGAUUUCUGAGGGCGUUAAAUCAAGUUUGCCCUUUGAAGCAUGUUAAUCUGAAGGCAGGCGGCUGCCUUCACCUUGUGGCGGCACCAGGAUUUUAAUCGGCUUUAAUCUGGGUGCCCAGAAGAUGAAAAUCUGGGGGAGAGACACUGACUUUGGUCAUAUUAACUGGGAUUUCUGUGGCUGAUGCUGGAAGAAGGAGACGGCCACCAGAUUUCACUGGCCACCUUGCCUGAGUAACAAUGCGGUGCUUGGGGUCUCCAAGAAAAGAACAAAACACCCUUUGCGAACCAAAAAAAAAGGAUAAAAAUUUGUUAAUUUAUUCUGAGAGACUUUCCUUAGCUGUAACACAUCAGAGUCUAUCCCGAGCCAUCGAUAGGUGAACAUAUUGGAGAUGUGUUUUAGGAGCCAAGUGGUGGGGUAAGCGCCGCAUCCCCUGCCUGGUCCCAGCCCCAAGCCCCGCCAAGGGGCUCAUCCUCGAUGGGUGCCAAUGAGUGAGGUUCUGCUGCACCACGUGCUCCUCCCCUGAGGGAUUCCAGGAUCCCUUUGAAAAUUUUGCAAAACAUUGUGUGUGCGUGUGUGUGCGCGUCUGCGACAGGACCGCGCUGGAAGGGAGCUUUCCUUGAAUGUCUUCUCACCUUUUCUUCGGUUUCCAUUACUUGCUGGUCUAGGAUGUUCAUCCAUCAGGCAGCCUUUUGCUCCAGAGAUGCAGCCACAUCUUCUGCCGGGACGGACGGCAGCUCCAGGUGGCCUCCCGGGAUGUCCCUGCCUAGGGCCACCUCCAGAGAGUGUAGAUGAUGCUCUUCUACACUGAAAGCUUGGGAGCUUCUGGAGCAGUGCCAGGAGCUGGUGGACGAGGCCCGGGCAUGAGCACCCCCAUGCCAAGCCCUAACAGAUGGAUGUGAUCUCUCCUCCCCAUCAGCUUCUAGUCCAGGGCCACUUCCACCCUCUGAAGCUUGGACAUGGCUGGGGUGAGACUUCAGUGCAACUGCUGCUGUGCUGCAGCACCCGUGCGGACUGCCGGGAUAGAAACAAAGCCACCCUAAUGCCCACGUGGUGUGGAGCAUCGUGGGGGACUGUGGACAUCCCGGUGGGUGCCAGGUACCUGCUCCAGCAGGUCCUGCUGCUCUGGCUCGGACUCUGCCACCUCCGUGUCUUUGGGGUCUCUGGUGUGUUAGGGGCUGCAAACGUGGCUGGUUUGGGGCAUAUAAAAAUGUGACCGUGGAACAAACAAGUCUCUGCUGUAAGAGUGUGGCGUUCAUAUGGUGGUGUCUGGGCAUCUGAGCUCUCUUACACCUGUCUCUGAACAGCGGCUUGCAUUUUGUAAAGCCUUUACACUCAAAAAAUGACUGUGUUGGGGCCUAUCUUCUCCAGAGGUCAGGUGGUGGAGGUGUUUAGGGAUGUCAAUGAUCAAACUUAAAGCUGUUGGCUUUGGGGGCUUUGGUCUAAAUUGUAACUGAGAUUAAAAAGACCUAUUAGACCAAAGCCUAUGCUUGUGUCAGGGUAGGGUAUGUGCCCUGGUAGGGACUAUAUCAAACAUUGCCGAUUUAAUCUUCACUGAAAGGCCGAGGUGAGCUCAGAGCUUUGUGGUGUGAGAGAAGCUAAGAUGCUGUCUUAUACUAGGCUCAACCAGUUUCGCCAAGCAAAGAAAUGCCGUGCCAUGUUCUCCAUCACAUGUAUUUUGAGUGACUGUAUGCCUCCCUCUCACCGUAUAUUUAUUGCAACUCUUCCUUGGGUGCCUCACAUCCAGAUCACCCCUCCAUGGUAUGCAUUAGAAGUGCUUUGUUAGACGGACCGCUCCAACCUAUAGCUACAGCUCUCUAUGAAGGAUGUACUGUCAUAACAUUGUGCAAAACGUCUAGGAGAUGUCACCGUCCAUUUUCAGGGUCUGAGUAUGGCAAUAGUUUGUAUAAAAUGUACACAUAGUGGUGGCUACAGAAUAGUUUAUGACUAAAUACAUAUCUAUUAUUGUUAAAAUGAUGUAUAAGAAUGUACUUGAAGCUAUUAUCCUUGUGCUCUAUUGUCUGAAUAAUUAA